AUGUCCGGUGCUCUCGAGAUGGAUGGUGAACCACUUAUAUCCGGAACCGUCAUAAUUGACCAAUACCAUCACGCGGAUUCAGGAUCAGGCACCGCCAGGCACGGCCACAGAAGCUUACUUGACACAAUUAAUGCCGGUUAUCGGCGGAAACGAACCAACAACAAGUCCAAAUCGGAGGAAUCUUUAGGCCAGAGCGUAGACUGGCUCUUGUCAUCCUCACAAUUAAUAGUUGCAGCUGCAGCCACAAGCAAGGACAGGGGGUUUUUAGGAAUUCCAUUGAGUGGAUUGGGCAGUGGCCUGGCGGGGCGCAACAAUUAUGUCAGGCCGAUUGGACUGCCGUGUGGUGAUAUCCCCGGCAAUGGGCCCGAGGGGCGGAAGCGGCAGAAAAGUGUGGAAUAG